ACCCAUUUGGGCACAACGCGCACUUCGUCAAAUUUUCUUCAGCUCUCAGACCUUGGUGCGACAGCGCGCAAAACGUCACCAUGGACGAAGACAUCAUGGAGGACUCGGUCUUUGAUGACCUCGAGAACGACUCGGACGCCUUCUCCCCCGAGCCAAAACCCAAACCCAAACCCAAAGCCGCAGUGAAGAAACCAGCAGUCAAGGCGGCGCCGAGGAAAAUGGUCCAGACCACACUCAAGACCACAAAGGCCGCUCCUAAGAAGCGCGCAAAGCCUGUGACCGACGACGAAGAAUCCAACGACGAAUCCGGAUUCUCCAACACUCCGCCGAGUGUCAAGAAGCAGAAGAAAGCACCCGCACCCAAGAAGUCCAGUGGGAAACCAUUGGGCGAAAUUGAGAACGACAGCAUGAUGCUAGAUGGAUCACCGGAUGCCAAGCCAUCCCAGAAGACAGCCACCGAGACGUACCAGAAGUUGACGCAACUGCAACACAUCAUCAAGCGUCCUGAUACCUACAUUGGCUCCGUCGAGCGCACCGGCCAAAAGAUGUGGGUGUACAACAAGGAGAUGAAGCAGAUGGAGUUCCGUGAGGUCCAAUUCGUGCCGGGUCUCUACAAGAUCUUCGAUGAAAUCCUCGUCAACGCUGCCGACAACAAGCAGCGAGAUGCCAAGAUGACUUCCAUGAAGGUCACUAUAAAUCGGGAGGCCGGCGAGAUCACAGUCGAGAACAACGGCAAAGGCAUUCCAGUCGAGAUGCACGAGAAGGAGAAGGUCUGGAUUCCCGAACUUGUCUUCGGCCAUCUACUUGCCGGUUCCAAUUUCGACGACGACGAGAAGAAGACCACUGGUGGUCGAAACGGUUACGGUGCCAAGCUCUGUAAUGUCUUCAGCACGGAAUUUACGCUUGAAUGCCAGGACUCCAAGAACGGCAAAAGAUACAAGCAGACGUGGCGGGACAACAUGAGCAAGAUGGAAAAGGCCAAGAUCACGUCGAACAAGACGGCUGACUUUGUGCGAGUCACUUUCAAGCCUGACUUUGCGCGAUUCGGCAUGCCUGACGGUAUUGAUGAUGACCUCGAAGCCCUACUCAUUCGGAGGGUUUACGACAUGGCCGGCACGGUCCGCAACGUCAAGGUUCACCUGAAUGACACGUAUCUGAAGUUGAACUUCCAGUCAUACUGCGAACUGUAUGCCAAGGCCAUUGCACAGGAACGGGCAGCCGAAGAGGGCGCGGAGCCCAGCGCUUCAGUCAUCCUUGAGGACUCCAAGGGCCAUCCGAAAUGGGAAAUUGCUUUUGCCGUCUCAGAUGGAUCAUUCCAGCAAGUUUCGUUCGUCAACUCCAUAGCGACGACCCAAGGUGGCACCCAUGUCAACUACAUUGCCGACAUGAUCACCGAGGCUCUUCUGAAGCAUCUUAACAAGAAGAAGAAGGGACACGCUUUGAAGCAGAAUCAUGUCAGAAACCAUAUCUUCAUCUUCGUAAACUGCCUGAUCGAAAACCCUGCUUUCACGUCGCAGACCAAGGAGCAAAUGACAACCAAGAAGAGUCAGUUUGGCAGCAAGUGUGAAUUAACGGACCCGUUCCUAAAGAAGAUUGCCAACACCGAUGCCAUCACCAACAUCCUUCAGUUUGCUGAGGCGAAGGCAGACAAAAUGCUUGCCAAGAGCGAUGGCAACAAGCGCUCCAGAAUCAGCAACGCCAAACUUGUAGAUGCCAACUUGGCGGGGACAAAGCGCGGCUACGAAUGCACGCUUAUCCUGACAGAAGGUGAUUCUGCCAAGAGUUUGGCUGUUGCCGGCCGUGCGAUUUUGGACCCCGAUCGCAUUGGUGUCUUCCCUCUGCGUGGUAAGAUGCUGAACGUCCGUGAUGCUUCGAUCGAGCAGAUCUCCAAGAAUGCGGAGAUCCAAAACAUCAAGCAGUUCCUGGGCCUCAAGCAUAAGCAGCAAUACACGGACACCAACAGUCUCCGGUACGGCCAUCUCAUGAUCAUGGCCGAUCAAGAUCACGACGGUAGUCACAUCAAGGGCCUACUGAUCAACUUCCUGCAAGUUCAAUACCCUUCGCUGCUUAAGAUUCCGGGGUUCUUUAGAGAGUUCAUCACGCCCAUUGUCAAAGUCUGGCAAGGUCCAAAUCCCAAGAAACCGCUCAAGGCACACUCUUUUUUUACGCAACCGCAGUACGAAGAGUGGAAAGAGCAACACAAAUCUGAUCAUAGGCGUUGGGAGGCCAAGUAUUACAAGGGUCUGGGAACCAGCUCCAACGAGGACGCCCAAAUCUAUUUCACUGACCUCGACAAGCACUUGAAGGGAUUUGAUGUGAUGCAGCCAACUGAAGCCGAGCUCUUCGAACUUGCCUUCUCGAAGAAGAAGGCGGAUGCCCGAAAAGAAUGGCUGGGCAACUUCGUACCUGGCACAUAUCUAGAUCACACAUCCAAUCUCAUUUCAUACAACGACUUUGUCAACAAGGAGUUGAUUCUGUUUAGUAUGGCUGAUAACAUGAGAUCAAUCCCUUCCAUGCUUGACGGGUUUAAGCCUGGUCAGCGCAAGGUCAUUUAUGCUUGCUUGAAGCGAAAUCUCGUAAAGGACAAGAAGGUCAUUGAGUUGGCUGGUUACGUCUCUGAGCAGACUGCUUAUCAUCACGGCGAAGUAUCCCUGCAGCAAACCAUCAUCGGCUUGGCACAGGACUUUGUUGGUUCCAACAACGUCAAUUGUCUCGAGCCCAGUGGUAACUUCGGGUCCCGUCUAGCCGGUGGCUCUGAUGCUGCCAGCCCUCGUUACAUCCAUACCCGUCUAUCUCCCUUUGCUCGCAAGAUAUUCUCCCCACUCGAUGAGCCUAAUCUAGAACACAACCUUGAGGACGGAAAGAGGAUCGAGCCGAAAGUAUACGCCCCCAUCAUACCCAUGGUGCUUGUGAAUGGUGCCGAUGGUAUAGGCACAGGUUGGAGUACCAGUAUUCCCAACUACAAGCCCGAGGAUAUCGUUUGGAAUUUGAGACGCCGAAUGGGACGCUUGGACGGUGAUGACGAGAAGCCAUUCGAGCCCAUGAUGCCAUGGUUCAGAGGCUGGAAAGGUACUCCGCGUGAAGCCGGCCCCAACCGCUACUCAUUCGACGGCAUGGUCGAAGUGGACCCCACGCGCCCCGAGGUUGUCAUCAAAGAACUGCCAAUCCGAAUGUGGACAGAUGAUUUCAAGGCGAAACUGGAAGAAGUCAUCCGCGCCGAGAAGACACCCUCAUUCAUCAAGGAUUACAAGGAGUUCAACGACCAUAAAAAUGUGCACUUUGAAAUCCAGGUGGAUGAGAAACACAUGCCGGCAUUAAGGACAGACACGAAUGCUGCCUUGGAAAAAUUCAAACUUUUGAAGCAAGUUGCCACGUCUAAUCUAGUAGCCUUUGACUCCCGUGGCAUGAUCCGCAAGUAUGAGAAAGUCGAGGAGAUCAUGGAAGAGUUCUAUGUUUACCGGUUGAAGAUGUACUAUGAGCGGAAGGUGUACUGGCUAGGCGUCUAUCACGCUGAUUAUCGCAAGCUCAAGAACCAAGCCCGGUUUGUCAAGGAGAUUAUGGACAACGAUCUCGUGGUGUCUCGCAAGAAGAAGCAGGUGGUCGUCGAGGAGCUGCGUACGCGGAAAUACGAGGCUUUCCCGAAGAACGUGGACAAGAAGAAGUCCAAAGUGGACGAGGAAGACGAGGCCGAGGAAGGUGGAGAUGAGGAGGUCGAGGUAGAUGCGGGAGCUCAAGACUACGACUACCUCCUCUCGAUGCCCAUUUGGUCCUUCACUCAAGAACGAUUGGACAGACUCAACGAGGCGAUCGCAAAGAAGAAGGCAGAGCAUGAUACGCUCGAGGCACGCAGCGAGAAAGACCUCUGGUGUAGCGACCUUGAUGAGUUCGAGGCAGAAUGGCAGAACCAAGUGCGUCUAGACGCUGAGAUCGUCAAAAACAUCCGCAAUAAGGGUGCCCGCGCAUCCAAGAAGAUCGGUGCUGGCAAGGGCCGGAAGCCCAAGGGCGAUGAUGACUAUGCCCCUACAGUCAAGUCAAAAACCGUCUCCAAGGCCGCCAAGGCUGCGGCGACCAAACUCAAGGACGCCGAGCCCAAGCCGAGCCAGCGCUUCAUGCAAACAUUCGCCGCCCCAGCGAAGAAGGCCAAGCUCGGCAUAGAUGGAGUCGACGAAGACUCGGAUGCCUUUUCUGAUGACUAUGCGGCGCUCAAGAGCAAGCCUGUGAAGAAAAAGAAGGUUGCCGCUCCGGCCAGAGCUACAGAGGAUUCGGCAGUUGCGGCCGUAGACGAGUCAGAAGUUUCAGACGUGCCCGCGCCCAGAGCGCGUGGUAAACGUGCAGCAGCUGCCAAGCCAAAAGCGUGGAUCGUUGAUGACGACGAAUCAGAGAGCUCUGACGACGACAUGAUGCUCGGCGAUAUUGACACCAUGGUCAAGGGCAUUGGAACGACUGCUGCCCCCGCGGGCGACAACAAGACAGGCCGGCUUAGUUUGUUCGCCAUGUCGCGACCUGAUAGCAGUCAGGGUGGCAAUGCAGCGCUGAAGCUGAAGUCGAAGCCUAGCAAAACAUUCGACAUGGGCAGUCAGGACGACACCAACUACGAAAUGUUGGCUAAAUCAAGCCCGCACAAGACGGCCACACGAAACGAGGUCGGCAGCUUCUUGAGCGACGAUGACAUGCCGGUUGUCGCUAAGCCCGCCUCUAAGCUGAAGUCGUCUACCUCUUCGUCCGAAGACUCAAAGUCUGCGGCUGCCACCUCUGCCCCUGCACCGGCAGUAAAGAAGCCUCGCGGUCGACCGGUCGGCACCAAAGCCAAAGCCAAGGAGGCAGCCCCGAAGCCAGUAGCCAAGAAGGCUCUUGUGAAGAUGACGAAGUCACCUGUGCUAUCUCCAGCGGCUAAGCUCUACGCCAAGAAGAAGGACGCCGGAAAGCCCAGCUCGAAGAAGGACGCCUUUGAUAUGGACGACGACGACGACGACGACGACGACGACGAAGAUGAUGAUGAUCUCGUCCUGGCCGACUCUCCACCGCCUAAGCCUGCUGCAAGAGCUCGCCCUGGCCGCGCCGCUGCUGUGAAGAAGAAGCCCGUCUACGUUCCUGUUGAUCUUGACGACGAGGACGAUAGCGAGCAAUUCGAUGACGGUGGCAAGGACGACAGCGAUGAUUUCGACCUUGAUGAGUCGGAUUAAACCUGCUGAUACCACAAAACUACCAUGGUUUCCGUAAGGGACUGGUUUGACGAUAACCACAAGAUGAAAAGGCAUUAAGAGGUCUGAAAGGAGAGGAGGGUGGACGGCGCUGGUUCUUUGACC